AUGGCGUCUUGCACAUCGCUACUCGCCGGCACCGGCGUUUCCUCGCUUGCGUUGAUCCAGGAUGCCAAAUCCACCUUUCAACGCAACACCGUGGCUCUCACAACUCGGCCGUCUGGUUUCCGUCAGAAGGCGACGGUGUCCAGGCUGCAAAUCGUCGCCAUGGCUGGCAAUGCUGGGGGUGUUGAGCCCGACCUGAGCGAGGAGUCACGGGCGGCAUGGCUAACUGCUGGCGAGGAGAGUCAGCAGGAUGGGAGCUUCAAGUACGGCAAGGUGGAUGGUGCUCAUUCUUACCACGAGGGCGAUGAUGGCGAGUUCUGGAGUAACGUCGACGCCUCCCUCAAGGAGGCCGGUGGCCCUGUUUCAACUGAACAAAAGGGACUUGCAUGGGCGUUUCUUCCAGCAUUCUUCGCUGGUGUUGCAUUUGGCCUCCCACCGUCAAAGCCUACACAUUUCGAGCCUGACAUGUACAAGAUUAAGUGA